AUGCCCCGAGCUCCGAAUGGGCGGUACUACUGUAACUGUAUCCAGCACUGCGGGGGCACCUGGCAAGAACGGAGUCGCAGAACGCACACUCGACAUGCACCAUAUCGACACGUCACGUCUCGACACGUCGGCCAUCCUACCACAUCCUCCUCUUUUACAGAUUUCAUUAGGACGUUGGGCUCAGACCACAAUGGCGAAUCCGCACCAGUGUCCCAAAGGGGACAUAGCUCAAACGUCGAGAUAGCCGCACAGGCACAUAACCUAGGGAUCCUUCAGCCUGCGAGGAACUCCCGCGCGGACGGUGGCUUUGCCCAAAACACAGCUCUAACUGCUACCCCACCAAUCGACGGCCAUGGUGCCGUUCCAGUGCGGGACGGGACAGCGCCAAUGGUCCAUCCCACUACUGCCCCUCUCGCUGUGGCCGCGGUCUCUUUCUCGGGCCCAUCUAGCCCAUUGACCGAACUGGAGGGGGACGCUAGUCAAACGAGCCGCCCUCCACAGAUUACUCUUGCUACACCGCAUCCCAAUGAGGCCAUGUGCCCUCGUGAGACCACUGAGUCUCCACCUGAUUCAGAUCACACACCCCCACCCGGCAGACAAGACGAGUCACUCAUUGACAUAUCCGCAAACAUGACGCAGCCCGCUGGCACGUUGGUGCACACACCCGAGGAAUGGCUCGACGGCGGUUUCCCUGAUGGCGGCAUCUUGCUAGACACAGUGGAAGACGAACUCCUCAAUGCGGGACCCUGUGGUGCUGCGGGUGCACUCAAUAAUGACGACGACAAUGAAGACGACGACGACGUGGACAUCACCGCGGAAAACUCUCCCUCCCUGAUAGAAGACAUCCGCAUCACGGAGCGUUUCAUCUCAGAACUCCAGACCGCCACGUUGAAAAAUGGAGAUCUUCCAUUGAGCCUGGUUCAAACCUUGCAAGACCCGGAUCACUGUCCCCAAGGGCCACUGGUAGAACUCAACGAUCCCAUCCUCCGACUCUCCCUCGAUCUCUUCCUUGCGGUUAGCAAUGCAUCUCAGCAGACUUAUACAGAUAUCGGGGCUGCGCUCAUGCGAUACCAGCCCGCCCUGAAAAUCUUGUCAUUCGAUCAGAUACAACGCCGCGUUGCCGAAUUGAGUGGUGUGGUUCCGAUCAUCCAUCAUAUGUGUGUCAACACCUGUGUCGCCUUCACAGGACCUUUCCGGGAUCUGACCAAGUGUCCGGUGUGCUACGAGCUCCGGUACGACCCUCUCAAACCAGGCUCAAAUGUGCCGCGGCAGGAAUUCCAUACAAUCCCUCUAGGGCCGCAGCUACAAGCAGUUCGCCGUUCCGUCGAGGGAUCCCAGGCCAUGCGAUAUCGACAUGCAUGCUAUGAGAAGGCCAUCAAGGAGAUCUACGCGAACCAUUCUCUGGCAGAGUUCUGUGACGUCUGGCAUGGGACGGACUUCCUCGACGCCGUUCAAACAGGGCAUAUCAAGCCCCACGAUCCGGUUCUCAUGUUCUCGGUUGAUGGCGCACAGCUCUAUCGCAACAAAUCUUCAGAUUGCUGGAUAUACAUCUGGAUCUUAUUGGACCGCUCUCCAGACAUGCGCUACAAGAAGAAGUUUGUCUUGCCUGGUGGAUUUGUCCCGGGGCCAUCGAAGCCCAAAAACCUAGAUUCAUUUAUAUUUCCAGGAAUGUAUCACUUAUCGGCACUACAGCGUGAGGGAAUGUGCCACUGGGAUGCCAUUGAUGAGGCCGUUACGGAUUCGAAUCCCUUUCUUGCUCUGGGGACCGCCGACAGCCCUGCCAUGGCAAUGAUCUUUGGGGGUGUCGGCCAUCACGGCGCCUAUGGAUGUCGUUUAUACUGCCCUCAAAAAGGACGUCACAAGCGAGGCGGGGCACAAUAUUAUCCUGCAUGCUUGAGGCCCUGUGAUUGUGAGGGUGUUCCUGAGGAGCCUCCAGAUUAUGAUCUUCGGACGAUCAAGAUUCCUUCCGCACAAGAGACGGAGGCAAGAUAUUUAUCCAACUUGAAGUUUGUUUCACAAGCAUGCACGCCUGCAGAGUAUCGUGCUCGCCGACUGCAGACAGGAGUCUGUAAACCUUCAAUAUUCAGUGGUCUAGACCCAACCCGACGUCUUCGCAUUCCUGCAUUAUUUCCUGCCGACCUUAUGCAUCUCACAUCCUUGAACCUCACCGAUCUCUUUGUGGGGUUGUUUCAUGGGACACUUGAUUGCAGUGCUUCGGACAAUCGUUCGUCCUGGUCUUUUGCAGUCUUUCGAGAUCCAGUAGUUUGGCAAAUCCACGGCAAGGCAGUCGCCGCAGCAACUCCAUAUCUCCCUGGUAUUUUUGAUCGUCCUCCCCGUAACCCUGCCGAAAAAAUCAACAGUGGGUACAAAGCGGUUGAGUUCCUUACAUGGAUCUAUGGUCUCGCACCAGCCCUUCUUCAUGGUGUACUUCCUGAUCAGUACUGGAGAAACUUCUGCAAGUUGGUUGCAGGUAUCCGUCUUGUGCAUCAGCGCAAUAUUAGACAGACUGAACUCAAACUUGCUCAUCGGCUCCUGAUUGAGUUCUCGGAAGAGUUCGAGCAGCUGUACUAUCAGCGGAAAUCUAGUCGUCUACACUUUUGCCGACAGAGUGUCCACGCACUUUCACAUCUCGCUCGACAGGUCACACGGUGUGGCCCCCCCGGUUAUACUACGCAGUUCACUAUGGAGCGAAUGAUCGCACAGGUGAAUGCACUGAAGGCCAUGGUACCCAAUCUUGAUAACAGCACAAAACACCUGCCGCGUGGCUCCAAAGACUUAGGAGACCACUACCUUCUUUUACGAGCCCAAGAUUCUUGUGCACGCUCGGUACUACCUGCUGAGGCAAUGGUGAUAAAGACUUUCUUUCGAGAGGCCGGCGGAGUAUAUGAUGAUGUGGGUAGUCUCGAACGAGACUGGGUUCCAAAGGUGCAGCGUUGGGCUCGCCUGCGACUGCCAAAUGGACAGGUUACACGGUCCUUGUGGAAGGAAUCCCGCAAGCCUGUUAACAAGGUCAGAAUGGCCCGCAACGUUAAGGUGAAUUCCUCAUUGCUGGUUUUUGCAUCUGUAUGGCCUCGGAUAGUACUGACCAUGAUAAUCCUGCAGAUCAUCUCUGCAGGUCUCAUUCAAUUUGCAGAAGUGCGGUACUAUUUUACCAUGCGCAUUCAAGGCGAGGUUGUUGCACUAGCGCUCGUCAGUUUGUUCUCGCAGCCCGACACUGAGCUCAUGAAGGCUUCCUCGAACACGGUCCUUUCUUGCGAGCAUCGAGGGGAUUCUGCACUGGCUGUCAUCAAUGUGAAGACCAUUGUAGCAGGCGUAGCAAUGAUCCCGCACGGAGAUGGUCUCCCAAACCUGGGCUCGCGUUUUUUCGUAGUGGAGAAGAUGGGACUCGAAAUUGCGUCUAUGGAUGGAGUAGCCGAAGAUGCAGCAGAUGAUUAG